AUGAAGCUUCUCAACGUCACUCUUGCCUCGCUAGGCCUCGCAUCCGCGGCUACAGUUACAAAGAAGGUCAGCUAUGACGACUGGAAGGUAUACCGCGUCAAUGUCGGCUCCAACGCUGCCAAGCUCGACAACGUGAUGACCAAGCUCCAACUGGAGCUAUGGAAAGGCAAGCCAGCGUCCAGCGACGUCGUCGACGUUAUGGUGCCGCCUUCAGCCGUCAAGGACUUCGAAGCAUCUACCGAGGACAUCGAGACCAAGGUCAUGCAUGACAACCUUGGCCUCUCUAUUACAGACGAGGAAACCUUUAGCGUAUAUGCCGCUGGUGCUGCACCAAGUGCUACUUGGUUCAACUCAUACCACUCUAUUGCCGACCACAUGCAAUGGAUCACGGAUCUUGCGGCUGCGUAUCCAAACAAUGCUGAAGUAAUAUCUGCCGGCAAGUCUGUCGAAGGCCGGGAUAUCAAAGGUAUCCAUAUUUGGGGUAGUGGCGGUAAAGGAUCCAAGCGAGGUGUAGUCUGGCAUGGCACAGUGCACGCACGAGAAUGGAUCACGACGAUGGUCGUCGAAUAUGCUGCGUACCAGCUCCUCACGUCCACUGACUCUACGACGGCCGGUUUCAAGAACUCAUACGACUUUUACAUCUUCCCUAUUGUGAACCCAGAUGGCUUCGCCUACACUCAAUCAGCCGAUCGCAUGUGGCGCAAGAACCGCCAGAAGACUUCCGGAGCCUCUUGCGUAGGCCGUGACAUCAACCGUAACUGGCCAUCGCAUUGGGACCAGCGCGGUGGUGCAUCAACCGACCCUUGUGCACAAGACUACAAAGGCCCUUCUGCUGGCGACGGCGUGGAGACUAAAUUGCUCAAAGCCCAGCUCGACAGCAUAGCCGCAGGCAAGGGAAUCUCGUUAUACAUGGAUAUUCACUCGUACAGCCAGCUUUGGAUGUACCCCUACGGCUACACCUGCUCAGGUGUCCUUCCCAACUCCGCAAAGUACGCCUCUCUCACAAACGGGGCCAUCGCCGCUGUAAAAGCUGUGCACGGCACAACAUUUACCGGUGGUCCCAUCUGCCAGACUAUUUACCAGGUCAGCGGCGACAGUGUGGACUAUGCGUUUGAAGUUGCUAAGGCGAACUACUCGAUGACGGUUGAGUUGAGGGAUACCGGAAAUUAUGGGUUCGUGUUGCCAGCUGCGCAAAUUCUGCCUAGUGGUGAGGAAAUGUGGGCUGGGUUGAAGUAUUUGUUGGCCAAUAUGUAA